CGGAAGCGCCUGUGUUGUGGUGCUCAGCCGGGUCGGUCCCUGUGUGUGUGUGUGUGUUUCCAGCGCCUUGCUCCCAACCGUAGGUUGCUGCAUUUGCAGAGGGUGCAAUGGGGGAAGCGGAGAAGUUCCACUACAUCUACAGUUGUGAUCUGGAUAUCAACGUGCAGCUUAAGAUAGGAAGUUUGGAAGGGAAGAGAGAACAAAAGAGUUAUAAAGCUGUUCUAGAAGAUCCGAUGCUGAAGUUUUCAGGAUUGUACCAAGACACAUGCUCUGACCUUUAUGUUACUUGUCAAGUUUUUGCAGAAGGGAAGCCUUUGGCCUUGCCAGUGAGAACAUCCUAUAAGGCAUUUAGUACCAGAUGGAACUGGAAUGAGUGGCUAAAACUGCCUGUGAAGUACCCUGACCUGCCCAGGAAUGCCCAAGUGGCCCUGACUAUAUGGGAUGUGUAUGGACCGGGAAAGGCAGUGCCUGUGGGUGGAACAACAGUUUCUCUCUUUGGAAAAUACGGCAUGUUUCGCCAGGGGAUGCAUGACUUGAAAGUCUGGCCUAACGUAGAAGCAGAUGGAUCAGAACCCACCAAAACUCCGGGUAGAACAAGCAGCACUCUCUCAGAAGACCAGAUGAGCCGCCUUGCCAAGAGUGAAAAACGAAGUUCUAAUUUCAUGUACUUGAUGGUUGAGUUUCGAUGUGUCAAGUGCGAUGAUAAGGAAUAUGGUAUUGUUUAUUAUGAAAAGGUACUUGUCUUGGAACUGUUUAUGGUCUCUAAAGUAAAGGGGAGGGGAACCAUUGAGAAUUUAGUUGAGAGCAAACACCACAAGCUUGCCCGGAGUUUAAGAAGUGGACCUUCAGACCACGAUCUCAAACCUAAUGCUGCCACAAGAGAUCAGCUAAAUAUUAUUGUGAGUUAUCCACCAACCAAGCAACUUACAUAUGAAGAACAAGAUCUUGUUUGGAAGUUUAGAUAUUAUCUUACUAAUCAAGAAAAAGCUUUGACAAAAUUCUUGAAGUGUGUUAAUUGGGACCUCCCUCAGGAGGCCAAACAGGCGUUGGAGCUCCUGGGGAAAUGGAAGCCAAUGGAUGUAGAGGACUCCUUGGAGCUGUUAUCCUCCCAUUACAGCAACCCCACAGUGAGGCGCUACGCCGUCGCUCGACUGCGGCAGGCCGAUGACGAGGAUUUGUUGAUGUACCUAUUACAGCUGGUCCAAGCUCUCAAAUAUGAAAAUUUUGAUGAUAUAAAGAAUGGAUUAGAACCCACCAAGAAGGAUAACCAGGGUUCAGUCUCAGAGAGUGUGUCAAGUUCUGGAAUAAAUUCUUCAGAAAUAGAUAGCUCCCAAAUUAUAAGCAGCCCUCUUCCUCCGGUGUCUUCCCCUCCUCCUGCAUCUAAAACAAAAGAAGGUGCAGAUGGUGAAAAUCUGGAGCAAGAUCUCUGUACCUUCUUGAUAUCAAGAGCCUGCAAAAACUCAACACUGGCUAAUUAUUUAUACUGGUACGUGAUCGUGGAAUGUGAAGAUCAAGAUACUCAGCAGAGAGAUCCAAAGACCCAUGAGAUGUACUUGAAUGUAAUGAGACGAUUCAGCCAAGCAUUGUUGAAGGGUGAUAAGUCUGUCAGAGUUAUGCGUUCUUUGCUGGCUGCACAGCAGACGUUUGUAGAUCGGCUGGUACACCUCAUGAAGGCAGUGCAGCGUGAAAGCGGAAACCGUAAGAAAAAGAAUGAAAGACUCCAGGCGUUGCUUGGAGACAACGAAAAGAUGAACUUGUCAGAUGUGGAACUUAUCCCGUUGCCUUUAGAGCCCCAGGUGAAAAUUAGAGGAAUAAUCCCAGAAACAGCUACACUAUUCAAGAGCGCCCUUAUGCCUGCACAGUUAUUCUUUAAGACGGAAGAUGGAGGCAAAUAUCCAGUUAUAUUUAAGCACGGGGAUGAUUUGCGCCAAGAUCAACUAAUUCUUCAAAUUAUUUCACUCAUGGACAAGCUGCUACGGAAAGAAAAUCUGGAUUUGAAGCUAACACCCUAUAAAGUAUUAGCCACUAGUACAAAACAUGGGUUCAUGCAGUUCAUCCAGUCAGUUCCAGUUGCUGAAGUCCUUGAUACAGAAGGAAGCAUUCAGAACUUUUUUAGAAAAUAUGCACCGAGUGAGAAUGGGCCAUAUGGGAUCAGUGCUGAGGUCAUGGACACUUAUGUCAAAAGCUGUGCUGGAUAUUGUGUGAUCACAUAUAUACUUGGAGUUGGAGACAGGCACCUGGAUAACCUUUUGCUGACAAAAACAGGCAAACUCUUCCACAUUGACUUCGGCUAUAUCUUGGGUCGGGAUCCGAAGCCUCUUCCUCCUCCAAUGAAGCUGAAUAAAGAGAUGGUGGAAGGAAUGGGGGGCACGCAAAGUGAGCAGUACCAGGAGUUCCGGAAACAGUGUUACACAGCUUUUCUCCACCUUCGAAGGUAUUCUAAUCUGAUUUUGAACUUGUUUUCCUUGAUGGUGGAUGCAAACAUUCCCGACAUUGCUCUUGAACCAGAUAAAACUGUGAAAAAGGUCCAGGAUAAAUUCCGACUAGACCUGUCGGAUGAAGAGGCGGUGCAUUACAUGCAGAGUCUGAUCGAUGAAAGUGUCCACGCUCUGUUCGCUGCCGUGGUAGAACAGAUUCACAAGUUCGCCCAGUACUGGAGAAAAUGAAUCUGGGUUUGGCCUAUCAGAAUGCUUGGCUCUGUGAGAAAACCGCUUUAGACGAGACCUGUGUAGGAUGAAGACUUCAGAGUAACAAGCAAGCAAGAGAACAUUUAAUCUCCAAGAUAAUCCUGUACCCUAAUUGUUACAUGGUGCCUGAAUUAAGUUUCCUGUGGAUGGCAUUGCUUAAAUAUGGUCUUGAAGGGUUUGUUUUGAAAUACUGUAUAUAUUUAUUUUCAAAUGUACACAUUGUUAAUAAACUAAGAAGUGAGAAGCUUAUUCCAGGAUCAUGUACAUAUGAGAGGGCACUGGAGGAAUUUUAUGUUGAAAUGUAAAACGCUAUAGUUUUUGAGUUUGAAACAUCCUUUUUUCCUCAUUUCUUCACAUCAGGAGAGCAGUUAAUUAUAUGAAUUUGGAUUAAUUGUCUCAGUUUGGAAGGUCUUUUUGUUUUUUCUCUCUUUCCCUUUUUCCCUCCCUCUUCCCCGCCCCCUCCAGUAUUUGCUUGUUUUGGGCUAAUUUAUAAUACUUAAAGAUUUACAUGUUAUAGCUCAUUUUUUUACAAUUCAAGAAUUGUGUAUGUUUCAAAUAAGACAUUCAGUUACUCUUAUAAAUAUUGUUUUGUUUUGAAAACUACAGUUCACAAUUCUCCCAAGUUGUAAAUACAUAAAGCAGGACAUGAAAAUGCAGCCAUAUCUGGAUAACUGGCCAAAAGGAAAUAGAAGAGCAGCUUUUAGGAUUGAGCCUGGGAUAUUUUUACAUAUACAUGUAAAGCAUAGAUUGUCUUUCUGCAAUACAAUUUUUUUGAUGCAAACAUAGUUUUCAGAAGAUUUUUGAAAUACCUCCAUUAGACCUGUUAAUGUAUCCUCUCUGAUUUCAGCAAAAUUAUUUUUUUGGUCUUUUAACACUAGAAUUCCCACUAACCUAUCUAGCUUUUUGGCCUCGUGGAACUUUGAGGAAAAGGAAUGCAUACAAAUGAGGAGAGCAACACAAUAAUAAUCUUUUCAAAUUAGUAUGUUGCAUAGUUGUGUGACUUUGUUUUGUAAGAAAAAGAAUCUAGUUCUUUUGGUGCUGAAUACAUAUUAAAUAUCAAAUGUUAGUAAAGAUUAAGAAGUUUAACUGAA